AUGGAGGCCAAGGCCAAAAAAGGCCGCAAAGGCAAAAGCCGCAAGGAAGCCCUGCUAAAGCAGAGGCUUCAGCAGGCAAAGACAUUCCAAAUUAAAAACCAAAUAAGUAGCUCUUCCCAUGAAUGUUCCGAAGAGCUGAGUGACUCUGAAAGCGAGCGUGCAUGUAGUCUUCAACAGGCCAAAGUAUCUCCAAGCCAGCAGUCACAUAGCUCAUCCCUUGGAUAUUCUGGAAGCUUAAUAAUGGUUGAUUCUGAGAGUGAGCCGUUAAACAGCAGUGAGGAUGAGUACUUCCCAGGUGAUGAAGAGAUGCAUGCUGAUGAUGAUUUUGUAGGAAUGGAAGUUACUGUGCCAUACCGCUCACCGCUAAAGGAACUUUUUCAGAAGGGUAUGUCUAAGUUUUGGGCUGUUGAAAACCUGUAGUUAGCAUUCCUACUACUUGACCUGAACAGAUGAACCUUAUGUUUUUUUUCUGAUUUCUGUUCCAAAUUUGCAUGCAAAUCCAAAACUAUCCAUAUUACUGAGAAUUAGGAACCAGAAUGGUUUAAGGAAAAUAUGCCACCAAAAUCUCAACCUUCACCAAACAAAGCACUCAUCAUUGACAAGCCCUUCUUGUGUUCUUUUAACAUAUAAUGUGCUUUAAUGUGAUCUAAUUAGCUAUUUCUUAAUUAUAACUCAAAGCAACCAAGAAAAGUGAAAAUGAUUAGUACAUGCAGUUAUCACUUGUAAGGUCCUUCCAAGUUACACUUAAGGUACUCUACACUUUUAUCCCAAUGAUGAAAUUUUAUUCAGAUGCAUGCAUACAUGUAUAUUUUGAAAGGUGAUGCUAAAGUUGCACCAAUAUCAAGGAAAGAGAAGGGAUCAAGGAAUCUGACAGAUGGAGCUCAAGGACAAAGUGAGUAUAGUAUCUAUAUAGUGUCUGUCCAUUGUUGUUUCAUGAUGUUAUUUGUUUUACAUGCAUAUUCUACUUGAUAUUCAAAGUGGUCUUGGAGUUGCAACAAUAAUUUAAAAGGAAGUAGAACAAUUAACAGCUAGAGAUUACCAUGAUGAAGUAAAUUUUAUUCAAGUUACACUUAAGGUGACUCUACACUCAAGUUAAUGAUCCCAAUGAUGAAGUAAAUUUUAUUCAGAUGCAUGCAUACAUGUAUUUUGUUUUGCAAGGUGCUUCUAAAGUUGUACCAAUAUCAAGGAAGGAGAAGGGAUCAAGGAAUCUGACAGAUGGAGCUCAAGGACAAAGUGAGUAUAGUAUCUAUAGUGUCUGUCCAUUGUUGUUUCAUGAUUUUAUUUGUUUUGCAUGCAUAUAUUCUACUUGAUAUUCAAAGUGGUCUUGGAGUUGUAACAAUAAUUUAAAAGGAAGUAGAACAACAGCUAGAGAUUACCAUGAUGAAGUAAAUUUUAUUCAAGUUACACUUAAGGUACUCUACACUCAAGUUAAUGAUCCCAAUGAUGAAGUAAAUUUUAUUCAGAUGCAUGCAUACAUGUAUUUUGUUUUGCAAGGUGCUUCUAAAGUUGUACCAAUAUCAAGGAAAGAGAAGGGAUCAAGAAAGCUUUUUUAUGAAACUGAUCAAGAGCAAAGUGAGUAUGCAUGGUAUCUAGCAAUCUGUCCAUUAAUUGUCUGUGUUAUAUGUCAUGGUUUUAUUCAUUUUGCACUUGCUCUACCUGAUAUGCAAUGUGGUCUUGGAGUUGUGUCAAAAGAACAAACAUCAUAUAGGCAUAUAGACUUGGUGAGGGUCCUGAGAGUGUUUUCUUUAUACAGGUUUGACUGUAGCUGUUAUGAAUAUAAUGAAUGAACACACAUGUAUGCAGGUGUAGAUCAAGUUUACCUUCACUGAAUAUAAACAUAAAACUUGUACUUAUAAUUACAAAUAUAUGUUUCUUUUUAGGAUCUCAGCCUGCCCUCUCCAAGUGUGGACGAGAGGAAUGCCGUCUCUUGAGACAAGAAAAUGCCUCACUGAAGCAGAAAGUUUUGGAAUUAGAGCAGAAAUUGAAUGGUUAGAAUUACUGUUUAUUGUUAUCAUGUUUUGUAUAUAACUGCCACUAGAAACAUUUUUUAUCCUACAAAAAAAUAACAGUUAAUUGGCACACUUAAAAUUUAAUUAUUAUUCACUAUUUUUUUUUUACUUGAUUGUCAAUCAUUGAAAAUGAUGGAGGGUUGUGUAAUGUAUGUAUGUUUUUGAUUCAUUGGUACAGGUACCUAUUCUUAUAGGACUGUUUUGUUUAAUUUCUUUCAGAUCAGUAUAGUGAAGACACUAACAAACCACUUGCUGGAGUCAUUUCUCCAGUAAUUGCAUCAAAACACAAGGUACACAUGCCUGUACAUGCAUGCUUUAAAUAACAAGCACUCCUAGUUUAAUGUUCAAUUGUAUAUUUGAGGGCAGCUGUUUUACCAGAUGUAUUUGUUGUUUAUUUCAAGCACCCUACAUGUACAACCUACAAACCUAGUGUUCCCUAAAUACUAAGGGUGCAUCUGCUUGAUAUGAAGUCACAAUGUUAUUGGUAAUAAGUUUAACAUUCUGGGGCCGGAUUCAUGAAGCCCUCUAAACUAAGACAAAUCCUAAACAUUGUUUAUUAACAAUAGUCUAUUGUCGUAACCACAAUAGACUAUUGUUAAUAAACAAUGCUUAGGAUAUGUCUUAGUUUAGGUGGGCUUCAUGAAUCCAGCCCUUGAUAGGUCAUCCAGAAGAAAUGUAAUUCUCUGUGAGGGAGACUUUAAAUAGGUGCGUUAAAUUUUUCUGUUCUUCAUCCAAAGUUGGGGUUUUGUUAUUAAACUUGAAGAAGAAUUCAAGGUACAGAUGUGAACAUUUCACUGUACAUUUCACUCAUUUAUUGUAUCUCUUUUACUUAGAUGGAAGAAAUGGCCAUAGGGAGUGGGGUUUUCUGGUACCCGACCCAACGACUGAAUGCAUUGGCAGAAGGAAAAUCAGUGGGCACUAUGACAGCAUACUUGAUUGACGUCAUGUUUGACAAAAAAAACUUUAAUGAUUUCAAACUUGGCAGGAGGGGGCAACUUGGGCUACAGACAGCUGUGCCCUCAAAUCAUUAA